AGCUGAGGCUCCUCUCGAACACACUGAGCUCACAAAGGAAGAGGAGAGGAAAACAGUGAUUAUUAGAUUGUUUGUGAUUAGAAAACAACGUCUGCGCGUGCCGAGGACUGUGGCUGUGCCGCACCCACGCGCAGGACACGGUCCCGACGAUGCACUGAGUUUUCCCACAGUGACACCUGGUUGUAAGAUUAGAAGAUGAGCAAGUCUCCCACCCCUGAAAGCACUCCGGUGCAGCUCAGUCCCAGCGAUGGCGUUCCCGAGGCUCUGCAGUCUCCGCAACACUCCACGCCAGGCUCUGGACCACAGCAUAAGAAGCGCAUCUCCAGCCUCCUUCAGAGUCCAUCCUUCAGGGAGGAGCUGGACGUGCUGAUCCAGGAGCAGAUGAAGAAAGGCGGCAGCUCGUCCAACCUGUGGGCGCUGAGGCAGCUCGCUGACUUCAUGGCCUCUCAUGGUUCUCCGGCUGCACUGCCAGUCUCUCCCUCCAACAUGAUGAUGGUGACGCCCAUCAACGACCUGCAUGGGUGGGAGCCUGGCACCAUGGUGAAGGGGGAGAGGUUGAUGCGCUGCAAACUGGCCAGCACUCACCGCCUGUUCGACCUGUACGGCUGGGCCCAGAUCAGCCACACGUGUCUCACUCUGCGUGUCAGUAAAGAACAGGAACAUUUCCUGGUGCUUCCGGACGGCCUGGCUUACAGUGAAGUGACUGGAUCCAGUCUGGUGAAGGUGAAUAUCUUGGGCGAGGUGGUGGAGAAGGGCAGCACCAACCUGGGCGUGGACACAGAGAAGUUCAGCCUCCACUCGGCCAUCUACUCGGCGCGGCCGGACGUCCGCUGUCUCUUUCACCUCCACACGCCGGCGACAGCAGCGGUUUCAGCCAUGAAGCGUGGCCUCCUGCCGCUGUCCCAUGAAGCUCUGCUGGUCGGUGACGUGGCCUACUAUGAUUACAACGGCGUGAUGGAGGAGGAGGAGGACAGAGUGGAGCUGCAGAAGAGCCUGGGACCUACGUGUAAGGUUCUGGUGCUGAGGAAUCACGGCAUCGUGGCUCUUGGGGAUUCUGUGGAGGAGGCUUUCUACACCAUCUUCCACAUCCAGGCUGCCUGCCAGAUCCAGGUGUCGGCUCUGUGUUGCGCCGGCGGUGAACAGAACCUGAUUAUGCUGGACCGGACCACUCACAAACCCAGCGUGGCCGGCACCGUGGGCUGGGCCGGCUCCACCUUCGGACCUCUGCACAAGAGUCGCGUUGGGGAGCAUGAGUUUGAAGCCCUCAUGAGAACUCUGGAUAACCUGGGCUACCGCUCAGGCUACGCAUACCGCUUCCCCGUGCUGCUGGAGCGGACGCGGAUGCGGAGAGACGUGGAGGUUCCUGCCACCGUCUCAGCCUUCCACCAGUUCGAUGACGACGGCAUCCACCCGGCUCUGAGGCAGCACCCUUUCGCUCAGCGCCAGCAGCAAGAGAGGACCCGAUGGCUCAACACCCCCAACACCUACCAGAAAGUCUGUCAGGAGGAGGCCAGUCCUGGACACCGCACCACUUGGUUGAAGGCAGAAGAGAUGCUGCAAGCUGGCAGCACCUCCAUCAAGAUAGAAAACCCGAACCAGUUUGUGCCUCUUUUCACCAACCCUCGAGAGGUGAUUGAGACACGAAACAAGAUCCGGCAGCAGAAUCGUCAGGACAUGAAGACGGCAGGGCCACAGUCUCAAGUCCUGGCCAGUGUUAUCACAGAGGGCGGUCCUCCGUCUCCGGUCAGCCCACCCAGCAUCCCACCAGAGCCAGAACCUCCCAACCCCUUCAACCAGCUGACAGACCAGGAGCUGGACGAGUACCGCAAGGAAGUGCAGAAGAAACAGGACGGAGGGCCCAAUGUAGGGGAGGAGGAGGAGGAGGAGGAGGAGGUGGUGGUGGUGGCAAAUGACCAGGAGUCUUCCCCUGCUACCUCCCCCACAAAGGGUCCUCCGCCCAGUCACCCUCCUCUCUCAGACGAGGCGAACGCCGACUCUCCGCCGAUACAGAACGGAGGCGAGCAGGAGAAGCAGACGACAGAGGAGCUGGAGAAAGGCAUGAAGGCCCUCACGACCAAUGACACGUCCUCCGCCCCGGCCGCUCCCCCGGCCAAGCCACAAGGGGGCGGCACCCCAGAUGGUUCGCCCUCCAAGUCUCCGUCCAAGAAGAAAAAGAAGUUCAAGCCGCCGUCGUUCCUGAAAAAGAGCAAGAAGCAGAAGGAGAAAGCAGAGACCUGAGGCAUCACACGCACGCACGCACACACACACACACACACACACACACACACCAGACCUCGGUGAAAUACUACUGUGAAAUACUUGUUAGUGUAUGGCAGAUGGAGUCAACCAUGUCCCAUCUAUUCAUACAGUGCAGUAAAGGCUCACUGGUUGCUUCUUUUGCCAUCAUACAUCUUAAACAGAAAAGAACUGAAUGUUUUCACAUACUAUUUGACCCAGGUCGGAUCCAAUGCAACAGUUAGGUGCACCGAUACUUGACACAGACACACACACACACCCCUACACACUCACAAACUGGUCUUAUAAUAGCUGCGAGGACAUGAAUCGAAAUGAAGAAUUUGCAUCCUUUUACCGUAACCCUAAACUAGAUCUGGCUCUAACUGAACUAAAGCCUUUAAAAGGUCCAGUGCGUAAGAUUGAGUGACAUCUCGUAGUGGUGCAGAUUGUUGCUGGUGAGUCCAUUUUGGCCUCUGUGACGUGACUCCGGUUCUAAAGUGCUAAACACUACACCAACAGUGUGGCCUGCAUGAAAACCAAACUGUUUUUAUUUCAAAGCUAUUAUACACUUACAUAAACAUAUUUAUGGGUAGAAUAUUAGAUUUUCUGCCAGUAAACCCCCCCUAAAUAUUACACACUGGACCUUUAAAUCAUAAAGACCGAAAUGUGUCCAUGCAAACACGCGUCUUUCUUAAAUUGUCGGGCCACAAUGCAUCCCCCAUCUCCUUACCCUCAAGUUAUUCAUUCUAACCAAAUUGCUAAUCUCAGCCUUUAAUCCUAACCUAUAACAAAUUCUCUAAAUUCCUUAAAAAGCCUUUAUAAGUUAGUGAGGACUGAUGAAAAUGUCCUCACAGUGAUGGGUUUUGUCCUCACGUCGUUAGAAAAACACACACACACAAACAGUUUGUGUGUUCUUCACGUCUCACUGUCACCUGCUGUGCUAUCAAAAAUAUUACUUUACUGUAUAGGAAUUAAAAACACAUUUGUUUUUUCAGACUGGGAUCAAAACUGUGAUCCCGUGCACUUACUACUCACGACUUCCCCCUCCCCCCUCACGUCUACACGGCGGGCUUUCGAAGUCCCUUUGAAUGAUGCAUCCCCUUCUCCAUGUAUUGGCACUUGGCAUACAUUGUGUACACUGACAUUCGAGUAUGUUGUAUUUGUUCUCCAUCUUCUAGUUAUACUUUGGUUCUAGUUAUCAGAUAGAUGUCGCAGGUGUAGUGUGUGAGCACAGGUGCUGUACAUGUAGAAAUAUACUGAUAGCUACUGAUUGUGCUCUUCUGAAUGCUGGCUUAGUGUGAAUCUCACAGCCUACUGAUGUUGUUACAGCAGGGAUGGACUCAAAUAACGAUAGCAGGGGGAAAUAUGCUGGCGCGCAACAAACACAAGUCACUAUCAAUGCCAUUAUUACCAAAAAAAAAGAGGGAAAAGCAUAAAGACUUUGUUGCUUGUCAAUGCAGUUUGAAACUCAGUAAAAGAAGAUACUGAAGGUACUAAACAUUCCACUUUUUUUCCUCAUUUUCUUUUUAAUGUAUGUGUGCAAAAUACCUCUAUGACAAUAAUUACUUUCUGUUUAAAACAGUAGCUGUUAUCAAAACGCUGGUGUCUGAUGUUUGCCAUGGUUUUAAUUUAUUUUAUAUUAGAAUGUAUAGGUGAGUGUUGCAAGGUUACCAUGUAUCAGUCAUUAAAGAUCAAGUUUGAUUUAAAAACAA